GCACCGUCUUUCUAUCUCGGUAGCUUUUGUGACAAUGGUGAAUUUUAACUUGAUUUUUUUUUUCUAAACAAAUUUUCUACUUUUAAAAUUGUAAAUACUUCAAAACUUGGAAUUUGUGGAAGACGACUUGUAGCUGUAGGGGAUGCCGCGCUACACAGACGAGCACCCUGCGGUUCGCGUCUAUACGAUUUGCGACGAGUCAAGGUUUCUGAUUGUGAGGAAUGUUCCGGCAUUGGGUUGCGGCGAUGACUUGCUCAAAUUGUUUUCCUCAUACGGAAACGUCGAAGAGUGUAAACCAAUGGAUGCAGAAGAAUGUGAUGAAUUUACGGAUGUUUAUUUUGUCAAAUUUCACUUGGUCGCCAAUGCCAGGUUUGCAAAAAGAAAAUUGGAUGAGUUUGUUUUCCUUGGUAAUCGGCUGCAAGUCUCUUAUGCUCCUGAGUUUGAAAGCUUGCUUGAUACAAAAGAGAAGCUUGAAGUCAGGAGACGAGAAGUUUUAGCACGAUUGGAUUCUGGAAGAUCAAAGGGAUCUGCAGUAAGAUCAACUACCACAAAGCUUACAAAUCCUGCACAUUCUCAUUAUACCCUUGAACAGAAGAACUCUCUUGAAAAGAGGAAUUAUGGAGAUGCAGCACUCAUUGCCAACCCACAUGUUUCUCAAAUGACAAAAGUAUCCUCCGAUCAGGAUCACUUCGCAUCUGAAUCUAUGAAUCGAACUGUGCAUCUCGUCAGGGAAAAGCUGGACAAGAUUCAAUCAAGCAGUGAACAUCUUGAAGGUGGACCCAUGAGCAAGAAGUCACGUGUAGACAACAGAAGAAGAAUCUAGUGCUUCCCGGACCGGCCUUUUCUGUUAUGUUGUGAGAAUGAUAAUUAAAAAUAUAAAAGUGGUGGGCCGACUGAAUUGUAAGUGUUUGGUAGAGGUUAAAAAUUCAGGGUCAAAACUAUCACUCUUAUUAAUUUUUCUGGGGCUUGUCCCAACAUCUAAAUCAAAUUAUUGGCGCCCACCAAAAGCCUAUAUUUCCUUAGCUGUCAAGUUGAAGUUAUUUUGCACAAGUAAUAUUGUAGAAUAUUUUGCAUGUAUUUUAUGUACAGCCCAUUGUCCUCCACUUGAGAAUCAA